AUGUCGUCUAAGUGGCUUGGGCUCACGGCCCUCCUUGCGGCAUCCCACUCUGCCCUGGUUGUUGCGAAGCCCAUCACAUCCCGUGAAACCUUGAAGCCGAAGGUCGAGAUCAACUACGCCAAUGUAACGGGGCGUGUAAACGGGAACAUCCAGGAAUUCUUGGGCAUUCCCUUCGCGUCGGCCGGCCGCUUCGAGCACUCGCAGCUCUUCACCGAGCAGCUAGGUGACUUCGACGCCAGCGACUACGGCCCAAUCUGUCCGCAAAAGACAACGGCCUCGAUCCUGACCACUGACUCGAACAGCAGUCUGGUCUUUGGCGAGCUGGGCACCCAAAUCGGCCCCGUCGUAGGCGCCCUCGCCGAUACAGUCUUCAACCUCAUAGGCCGAACCCGCAGCGAGGACUGCCUCCUCAUCAACGUCCAGACCCCCGUUGGCACCACUAAGGGCGACAAGCUCCCCGUAGUGAUUUGGAUCCACGGCGGCGGCUACGAGGUCGGCAGCCCCUUCACCGACACCAGCGAGACAGACGUGAUCCGCGGCGAGCUGCUCAACUACAACGUCGGUGGCCUCGUCCGGACCUCUGUCGACCUGGGCCAGCCCAUCAUCGGCGCGGGACUUCUCAACCUCGGCCUCGAGGACCAACGGGUAGCGAUGCAGUGGGUGCAGGAGCACAUUGCUGACUUUGGCGGCGACCCUGACCAGGUCGUCAUCAUGGGCGAGUCGGCUGGUAGCUGGUCCGUCGUUGCGCAUCUCCUCUGGGACGAGGGCGAGGGCGCUACUGACUUGUUCCGCGGUGCGAUGGCCCUGUCUGGAGGCCCGGUCAUGGUUGAGAGUGCUGAGCGAGCCCAGCCUUUCUUUGAUCAUAUGGUCGAAAGGACUGGAUGUGCAGGUGCAUCGGAUAAAAUUGCUUGCCUGAAGGUUGCCGACUUUGACGAUAUCAUGGCCUCCGUCAACGAAGAGGGAAUGCUCCUCGGCCCUCGUUCCCUUGCUUCAACUUGGACCCUCCGUCCCGAUGGGAAGCACCUCAAGGACUCUCCCCACCGCCUCGCUGCAGCCGGCAAGAUGGCCUCGGUGCCUCUGAUCACCGGCGACAUGCGCGACGAGGGCACUCUCUUCUCCCUUCUUGCCCAGCUCGAGACUCUCUCGGACGAGGACUUUGCCAACUACUUCCAGACAAUCUGGUGGCCUAAAGCUUCUGAAGCCGACAUGGCCGGCCUCAUGAAGCUCUACCCCGCAGACAUCACCAAAGGCUCCCCCUUUGGCACAGGCAUCCUCAACGCCGUCACGCCCAACUUCAAGCGCCUGGCGGCCGUGGUGGGCGACUUCAGCUUCCAGGCUCAGCGACGCAAUCUUCUGGCACAUUACAACGUCUCGGAGCAGACUGUAUGGAACUACGUCACCGACGUGAGCAUCCCGUCGGCGGGCCUGCUGCCGGACCUCGGCGUGUUGACGCACCUGCCUGUGCUGGGAUCAUUCCAUGCGUUUGACGUGUGGUUCUACAUGUUUGCCGGUCUGCCGUAUGCGUUGAGCAAGAAUACCCAGGCUUACCAGGCCACCGCCAUCUCUUUCAUCCGCACGCUGGACCCCAACAAUCAUGGUCUGGACUUUGCCGAGUGGCCGAGAUACUCUGAAGAGGGCUUGGAGACGUACAACUUCAAGGAAAGCGGGCCUGAUGUGACCAGAGACGACUGGCGUGUUGAGGCUAUGCAGUACAUCAACGACCACCCUGACUCUUUCUUGCUUUAA